GUUUAUUGCCAUACCUAUGAACACUACCUAAUUACGCUACGACGACACUCCCCGCCAUUUACCGGCUACCCCUAAUUCGGUAAGGUCUCCCUUAAGGCUUGCCCGAACUUGCCGGGGUUUCUUCCUUUACCCCUGGCCGUUUGGUGCAGCCGGUCGUGCUUGCCUUUUCCCUGUCUAGCGUAGCUGUCUUGGGCUGUCCCUAGGCUGUCCCUAGGCUAAGACUUGUCCUACCCUAACUCGAUCUUUAGGACCCACUAAACAUGCAUUUACGCAUGCAUUCUAAGCCUGCUUGAGCGUUUCGACUUGCCCAGUCAAAACGUCACUUUCUCUAACCCAUCCCGCCAGCCCGUUCCCAUCGUACUAUGUAUGUAUCCAACGGAGAAAGAAAACAGAGUGAUCGCCAACAUUUGCAUGAACUGUCGUCAGUUUUUACUACUCCCCCUCCUCAUCAGAGUUUACGACCCAAGCCUCUGGACCCUCCAUCUCUCCCUCAUCGAUGCCGUUGGCCCAGCAUAUGUCUAAUGUCCAGAUCCGGCUUCCCCGUCUUUAAUCCGACGACCUACUAUAGUUUUGUUUUCGACGAGACGCUGUUGCCUUCUUUCCCGGAGGGCGCAAACUCGUCUUUCCUUCGGAACCUGACGAUUCGUACUUGUUAGUUGCAGGUAGCCAUUAAUGAUGCAGCGAGUUUCCGCCCUCCUCCCAUGGGAUCGCAAUAGAGCGAGCAGUCCCGUCAUUGGUAGCAACAAUGGCCAUACCAAGACCAUUGUCCGCAAGAACAGCGUCGACCUCGUUCGCGGUUGGGCCGACAGAAUCCCAUCACCUGUAAACCGCCAUACCACCUCGAGGCUAAGUAGUCAUGCUUUUCACCCCGCGACUUUGGAUAAGGAAUGCGACAAGGCCGCCCGCAUUCUUAAAUCUUUCUGUAGUGAUGGUUUCUCAACCCCGGAUGACCGACCGGGGACUCCGUCGACUUAUUCGAGCACACAAUCGUCGCAUAAGUUUCUAAAGAAGAUACCCCCGAGAAUAUUGCAAAAUGCAGUAGGACUAGCGAUUUUUACUUCCAUGCGAUCUGGAAUAUGGAGUGCUGGGUCGGGGUCAGGCGGAAGUGGUAUUUUGAUCGCGCGCAAGACAGAUGGGACGUGGUCCCCGCCAUCUGGGUUAAUGCUUCAUACAGCUAGUUUGCGCUUCGUUUUCGGCGUUGACAUUUACGAUUGCGUUCUCGUAAUCAAUAAUUUUACGGUUCUAGAAGCAUUUGCGAGGCCACGGCUAACACUCGGUGCCGAUGUCAGUCUGACCACCGGCCCUCUGGUCGCCGUGGGGCUGCUUGAAAAUGACGUUACGUGGGCCGAUCUAAGCGACAGGGCAAUUGCGUACGUGAAAGCAAGGGGGCAGAGUGCAGAGGUCAAGUUGGACGGAAUAGUCAUUACUGAGCGAGCUGAUGAGAACGAGAGGUAUUAUGGUAUGAAAAUCAGCGUCGCAAAAAUCUUAGCUGGGGAUAUCAAUCAAAGUCUACCCCAAAUGCGGCCUCUUACUGAGGUGCUCAAGGCUGCUGAAGGAAGGACCGACUAUGAUACAGCUCUUGUUGAGCUGCUUUCCUCCCAACCUGCGCCGGGGGAUGCUACGCUUGAAUCUCCGGUUUCUACAGGCACAUCACCAGGGUUUGGAGUUCCCGAUUUCGACGAUCCAGAUCCUUUUGGCGUCAUGGCUUUGGAAAUGGCUGGUAUGGGUAUCCGUGAAGCCGGAACGCGACUAAGACCCGACAGCAGCCAAUUCGAGUUUAACCCUAGCCCGACGAGUCCUUUCUUUGCCAAAGCUUCUCGCCAAAGUAUGGAUACUUAUCUAUCACGGAGCAAUAGGGGAAGCUACAUGUCCAACAAGACAAUGGCUACAGAGCGAAGCCAUAUGACCGACGCCGGCACACAAACAUGCGACUUCCCAACACCUCAGACGACUCCGGGCUCGAGUCAAAGCCAAAGCGAAGAUGGAAACCAGCCGCAAACAUCCGAAGACAUUCCGGUAGUAAAGCAGCCCGUUGAAGUCGACUAUACGAAGAUUGAUAUCAGUGCUCUGAGGAACUUAUCAAAUUUCCCGGAUCUAGAUGAAGAACCAACAACAACGCUUGCUAUUCAGGAGGAAGACGAGGACAAUUUGGAGGCGGAAGUUAGUAAAGAAGCAAAGAGCACAGUUACAUAUACCCAGGACAGUGGUGACGCAGCCGACAAGGUAUCAGUUAAGAACCAUGAGAACGACGCCGACAAGGAGGAUGAAGCUAAAGAGGAAGAGGACGACGAGGAAGAGGAAGAGGACGAAUCAGAUGCUGAAGAAGAGGCCGUUGUUUUUGAAGUUGCCACAGCUCAAGCACCUGCUCGUGUAGCAAUGGUGGCUUCUCGAGUCAAUAUCCCCGCAAGAGUACCACCUCCACUUCCUCUCAGAAGCCCCGCCCGUACAUCCAAGAGGAGAAGCCAGAUGGGAGAUGUGAAUGGUUUAAUGGGCAGCCCACUUAAGCAAGAGUUCGAAGCCGAAGGUGAGGGUGAGGAGGCGACGACGCCGAGGGCUAAAGAAGACCCCACCAAGCAUCUGGCGGUAUUGGACGAGACAUUGGUAGCGAAAGUGGCUAGUGUUCCCCAGGAGACCAAGCACGAUGUCGAGAAAGCCGAGAACGCAGUCACUCCCACUCAAGAAUCGGGAGAUAUUAACGGCCACUCCACUAAAAUAGAGAACAAAUCUUCUUGCGAGGAGAAGGUCAUGACUGAGACAUCGACAGACACAGGGGAGCAUACUAGCCUUAAGUCUACCCCUGACGUCUCCGUCUCCGCUGCAUAAACGUGGCAGCCUGCAAUAUUCACUUUUUUUUUAUUCUCCAGUCACAGCCAUGGGAAUUUUUGGAGUUAUCGGGAAAGCAUAGGAACGAUUACAGGAAGGACGAGAUACCACUAUGAUCAAGGAAUGAUCGGGCUAUAGGUAUGAAACUAUCUUGCAUUAUACUCGAUGCGCUGCGAUCAACAUUAGGCAAGUGUUUCGAGAGCGACGUGGAGUACUCGAGCUGAAUAAUACCCUUGACAUGUACUUCUACUGUUUGUUUAACAUAUUGUACCAAUCUGCAAUCAUCGAGCGAGCUGGCGAGAGGAAGGGCGCGUGGAUAAGAGUUAUUAAAGGAAUGGGUUCUAUGGGGGAUCACUAUGGACAGGAGUGGCUUACCAUCCAUCUUCUUACCUUUGCCUACCUAUCUGGUAGGUAUAUGAUAGCGAGUAACAUAGUCACUUAGCAAGCAGCUAAAUCAUGCUGGAAGUCAGCACCUGGUGAUAGGACUGGGACAUAAGUUCCCAAAAAUAGCGGUACAAUGCAUCAAUUACUAGUAAUCAUAGACCAGGGAUACUGGAAGUGAAUUUUUCUGUUGUAGGAAAUGCGUACCUACCUAACCUAGUAAAUGU